GCAGAGCGAUAGUCUCGCUUAACCGCCGGAAUGAAAGGUGUGACCCCGUUCGCCACCGUCCACAUAACGUCGGAGCAAGCGCAUCGAUACGAAUGCCAAGCCCGGCAGCUCCUGGACGAUACACUUCGGGAAUACAACACACACGUAGUUGAAUGCAACAAGGGUAAGAACCCACUGCAGGACAAGUGGCAGUGGAAGCCGCUCAAGACCCACGAAGGUCUCCAUGUGUACAAGGAGCGACAACCGACGCAUCCAGAGCUGAACCCCAUCACGAAUCGAGCUAGUAAGACUUCAGUUUCUUCAGCCUCUGACCACUCGGCCACUUCAGUGACAGAGCGACCGACGAAGGCAGUGGCGAUGGCUGCGUACACGCCUGAAAUGGCACAUACGGCGUCGUCUGCAGCAGUCACUGGUUCAUCUUCGAUUGCCUCGGUAGCGGUCACGGGACACAUCGAUGGCAGUCUCAACGACGUUUUGUACGGGCUCAUAGCGACCGAUACAGCCGAGUUACAGCUCCGGUUACGCUACAUGACGGACGCCGAGGUGCUUGACACAGCCAUGAUUAGUUGCAUUCAAACACCUAGUUCAGAGAAGCCUUUCCGGUUCUUAGGCAUCCAAUGGCUUGUGCGUGGUGAAGCAUCUAGAGUCAAGUCAAGCUCUCGUCGCCCUCGUGAUUUCGUGCUCCUGGUGGCCUCAGGUACAGUGCAGCACAGAGUUCCAGGAGCUUCAGAGACCCAGGAGAUCGGCUACCAUCUGUGUCAGUCCGUGGAGAUGGAAGAGUGUGGAGAGCUGGAGAGUCAAGGACUCACUAGAGGCUGGUUGUCGACCUGUUCGGUGUUUACUCCAGCUAAGAAAACUGCGCAGAUCGAUGUGUUCUCUCGAGGUUAUGUGGACUUUAAAGGCAAGAUGCAAGACUACCAGGCAGCUGGUAUGAUGACAACCAUGAUGCUGGCUGGAGUAACGGAGGCAGCGACUUGUGGACAAAGCAAGAAGCUGAGCUGGCUGCUGCACUUUAAGGGCGCUGCAGCCGAGUUCCGACGUAUGCAGCCAGAGGCAAAGACCUCGUCGAACCGCUGCGGUAUUUGUGAGCGCAAGUUCGGUGUUUUAAGCAGCGUGGCGUCGUGCAAUCUGUGCCAGGUUAAAAUGUGCUCAAGGUGCCGUGUAAGUCGCGAUCUCAGCUUUGUAAAGCGGCGAGAUACAGCGACUAGUAUCACUCAGAGUAGGAGCUGGGACGAGGGACAACCCAGCACCCAGGUGCGGUGUCUGACUACGGUACUUUGCAAGAAUUGUAAGAUGAACGCCAGUCACAUGGACGCUCGUGUCAUGGCUCGACGGGAGGUCGAAGCUGGCUAUGAUCACACUGAAAUGGCUCGGACUGCCCCUGUGGGUGGCAUUCAGACGUCAGUACAGCAAGCCAGGAGUUCGCUUUCAGACUCUGAUCGAGAUACAUCAACCCAGAUGCGCUUUUGGGCUCCAGGUACCGACACUAACAAGCAUCGAGGACGUGAGGACACACAACUCGAUGACGUCGUCAAGCCCAAGCUGGUUAGUAGGAUGGAUAGCGGCAAGUCGAACUUUUCGGAUUCCUCGGUUCGUUCUAAGCUCGAAUCGUCUGUCAGCUCGUUUGCGUCUACACUGCCGUCUCCAAGAGACCGAGACAGCGGCCAAGAGGAUUCGAGCUCCGAGCUGACCCCGUACCAGCCUCGUCAGCAGCACCAACCUCAAUAUACUAAUGAAGACCCCGAGAUCACAUACACAUACGCGCCUCAACGAUCAGCUAACAUGGGAAGCUCGCAAGCAGAUCUGGUACGGAGAAUGCAGGAGCUUCAGAUGAAGUCUGAAUCCGUGUACCAGUUCACGAGUCAGAUGAAUGCCAAUACGCGGUACCGACACCAGCAGUUUGUGCGCUCAAACACCAGUACAUCCAUCUUGGAAUUAGAUUAAUUAGUAGUAUUGUAAAGUUGACGGAACCGAUGGAAGUUCUUGAGGCGUUUGUAGAAAUGACAUGAUUGUAAAAAAAAACGUGAAUUUCUUGAUAUUGUGC